GAGACAGGAGGGGAGAGUCAGAGACACGGAGAAGAAGAAGAGGAGUGAGAGAGAGAGAGAGAGAGAAGGAGAGAAUGUCUGCUGAGAGGGUGGCUCUCGUUCCUCGUUCACAAACCGGCCCUCGCUGAGACACCAUGGGCUGUAUCGGCUCCCGCACCAUCACGGCGGACGCAGUUCCCGUUCGGAAAGAUGGGGAGCAGCAUGGACGUGCCGAGUUUUCCUGGGAAGGAAUCAAUGUGGCAGUGGAUGUGAGAGAUGAUAACACACUGUCCAUGGAGGACACCACCUCCAUUUUGCCCCGUCUGAAGCGGAACUCCAACGCCUAUGGGAUUGGGGCUCUGGCUAAGUCCUCUCUGACAGGUGUGUCAGGUGUUACCAGAUCAAUGAAGGACAAAGUGACCAAGCCCACUGCCAUGGCUCAGGGUCGUGUGGCCCACAUGAUUGAGUGGCAGAGCUGGGGUAAACCAUCCGCAGGGCCAGAAGGGGGAGCGGGACGCUCCAAUCUGAACCGUGAGAGGGAGAGACGGCUUGAAAAUGAUGCCUAUAGUGACCUGAGUGAUGGAGAAAAAGAGGCACGAAUGGCAGCGGGCAUUAUGCAGCAGUUUGCCAUUUCUGAGGCCACACUCUUAGCCUGGAACUCUAUGGAAGCAGAGAGUCUCUGUGCCGACUCCAAUCAGGGCAGCGUGGCUCACCUCAGUGAGGUUAACCAGGAGAGCAUCACCAGCAGAGACCAGCCGUUGCAUCAUUCCUCUGCAGAAAUGUGGCCUCACACCUAUGUCUCUCAAGGCCUUUACUGUCUCUCCUCCUCUGACGCGUGGGAGCCAAUCAGCAAUGAGCCCUCGGGUGUGGCUUCUCCCGCUGCUGGCUCUUAUAUCAUGGGGGGCGGGGCUUCGGGAGAGGGUUAUGAUGGCUCCACCCACUAUUUACCACAGCAGCAGCUGACACUGCAGCAGCAGAACCACCUACAGCAGCUCCAACAGUAUCAGCAGUACCAGCAGCAGCAGCAGCUCCUGCAGUAUCAACAGUCUUUGGAAUAUCGACUGCACAGCGCCUCCCACUCUUUACAAGCCACGCCCAACAGCACUAUUCACAGUUUGGGCCCGCCCACUCACCCGAGACUGGCUGACCUGUGGGCGGCAGCUCAGGUAGAGCCUCAUCAGGUGGAGCUGAUGGGACACGUGGGCAUGACCAUGGCCGAAAUGGGAAUGGCAGAAGUGUACGGUGAGGAAUCUGGUGUGGAGACCGAAUGCAUCCCGGAGCAGCAAGAGGAAGAGGAAGCUAAGGAGGAUGACAUAACACUCACCCUCGAACCCGAGCAGACAUCCGUAACUACCGCCCUGACCCCCCCGCCUCAAAGAGAGGACUCCACCCCACCUAGGGGCAUGAGCCCAGGGCAAGCACCAGCACAGCCAGUGGCUGAGCACAUGACCUACGAGGUCACAUCCUGCGUCGUCCAAUCGCUGGAGGAGAAGGAAGAAGAGGUGGAGGAUGGGGCUGUUGUCGUUGUGGCAACCAACUGACAGUUCAAAUCGAGCUGCAGCUGUAAGAACGGAGUGAGGAACAAAAUAAACAACAAAACUGUCUGUGAAAUAAUCAACCAGUUAAGCUAUUGUAUACACCGUUUUACCCCAGAUGUGUACUCGUACGGACUGUCACAUCAGGAACAGAUUUAUUCGUUAUUAAACACCGAAAGAACACGCUCUGAGCGCCGGGCGCAUAUAAAGACUAAACGUGGGAGAGCGUCAAAGCCAGGAUGAUGCAUUACAUGUGCUGCUGCUGCUGCUGCUGUUUUAUGGCGGGAGUGCUGGAGUCCAAGGCUGCUUGCGAAUGAAAACGAAGAGUGCAAUACUGAGAAAUCAAUACAACCAAAAGAAAGUGCAUGCUUUUUUUUUUUUUUUUUUUUUUUGGAGUAUUUAAGUGACUGAAUUAACAGUAUCCACAUAGUAAUAAUAUAUAUUGAUUUUUGUAAUAAAACUAAAAGCCAAUGAAACAAUAUGUAUUUGUAUGUAUAUAUAAGAUGUAUGUACUGUAUGUAUGUUAGUAUGAAUGUAUGAAUGUAUGUGUCUUUAAAAGUAUAUUCUGAAAAAAACGUUACGAAUUUGCCGUUUGCGUGAAGUGUCCCUAUGUACCUCCGACACAUUCGCACACACACUUACACAAACACUGAUGCACACACACGUACACACCCUGGAAAACAUGUUUUUGCUCUUAAUAUAUCCAAGCACAAUACUGCCCAAAUGGAAACAGUGCUGCCCUUUUCAACAUCCUAACUGUAUUGUUACUAAGACUUAUGCACUACUAUGGACAUAAACGAAUGUAUUGCCUAUCUUCUUAGCGACAGCCCGGUUCUGUCCUCAAGUUUUUGUUUUCUUCUGUUGUACUUCAACGUUUUUUCUCAUCGAUGUCUGUGUUUAUCUGCCUGGCUGAGCUACUCAAUGUUGAUUUGCACUGAACAACAAAAGGAAAACUGAAGAGUCAUCGUCGUCAUUCCGGAAAGUUCCAUUAAUCUUCUCAUGCAAAAAGAGGAGUAAACUUUGGAUACUUUUAAACCGUUGAGUCUGAGACUACGGGAAACCAAACUGGGAAUCCCAAAGACAACUCAUGGGUCCAUUUUUGGUGAACUAACAUGUAGAAGCCAUUUAUGUCAUGCAUAUUUUCCAUGUUAUUUACAUUAUAGCUUUCCCUGUAGCUAACAUAAUGCAAAGAGAUAAACUCUCAUUACCUCAGUAAAAUCAUGUGGUAAUGGGCUAGAUGACAUGUUCGGUCACAGUAUGUUUUUGUCAUGACAGACCAUACGACUGUGGAAAGAAGUGAAAAGAAGGUGCUUUUAUGGUUAAUGCUUGCAGGCUUUCCACUAAUUAUUUAAUAAGCUGUAAUUGAAAUACCCGCUGCAGAAAGAAGUGCCCUCGACUACUAGCGUGGACAUCUCAAACCUGUGUCGAAACUUACAUACGUUCCAAAAGAGAGUGAGAGAAAAAAAAAAAACCUUUUGGAUGUGGCAACAUGGCAUUUGGUUUAGCAAAGAUUUAUAUUCUUUGAUGAUUUUGAGAGUUUUUGAUUAAUGCCGUUAUGCAAUGCUGAGGCAACAUUUAUUUUUCUAUACUAACGAGGCCUGCGAGUUGUCAUUCUUUGUGAUAUUUCAAACAUCGUAGGACUAGCGUCUGCCGGAUGAGAGUCAUUUUCACAGAUCUAAUGGCUGUGUUUGGAACGAAAUUCGAGAGCAGGCGAAAUGAGAAAGAUUGAAGUGGAUGAUCUCUUGUGUUUAAUGAACAAAAUUACGUUCUUUGGGAAGUACACUCUCAGCAUCUUCAGUGUCAGAGCUCUUUGUGAAAUGUCACGUUAAUAGCUGACAGCAAUGAUGUCACAAGGUCAUAUUUCUGUCAUAUUCUGUGAAAUAUGAUGCAUUUAGUGCAGAAUGGCAAUGCGGUGAAAUCAGAAAUGGAGUUCUGAUUAUCGAGGAAUAUAAAAUAAAGCUAGGUAUAGCGAUCUUGCAGUUUCUUCAACUUCAUUCGGUGUCAUCCUGUAACCUCAUUCAAAUCAUGUGCGUUUUAAUGUGCUGUAAAUAAAAUCCUUAUUGUGAA